AGAGACAAGAGCCACUUUAAAAACAUCCAUCAAAAGUGUUGUUGUUCCGAUAGAACGCGGCGGAUAAAUUAAACGAAACAUCAGUGUCUUGAUUAUAGGCAGGUAUAUACACAACGGGGUGGAUAUAAAAUAAAAACUCCGAAUAAGCCAGGCAGCUAGAAACGAAGUAACAAUUUUCGGAGUACGAUGGCAUCCGGCGGCUUAGCAUGUGUCAAAUACUUGACAUUCUUCUGCAACCUUCUUUUUGCGCUCACUGGACUUCUCAUUUUCCUGGUGGGAGGCAUGGUUCAACUGAACUAUGCUCACUACUCGAACUUUGUCAGCGAUCACAUCUGGACCGCUCCUAUUAUACUGAUGAUUGUGGGCGCCGCCGUAGCAGUCAUCUGCUUCCUGGGAUGCUGCGGUGCCCUGAAGGAGAGCAGCUGCAUGAUUCUUAGCUUCGCCAUACUUGCUGUGGUGAUCUUUCUGUUCGAGAUCGGGCUGGGCUUCGCUGGUUAUGUGAAGCACACCGGUCUGCAGCAGCUUAUGGAGGGUCAGUUCAACUCGACCAUGAAGCACUACAAGGAACGGGACGACUACAGCGAUGCCUGGACUCUUCUUCAGACCGAGCUAGACUGCUGCGGCACCUAUGGACCAAGCGAUUGGGAAGGCAUAUUCCCAAACAAAACUUUGCCUCCGGCGUGCUGCUCGGUUAUUAAUUUGAGCGAGGCCAAAGAAUGCACAUCCGUCCACGCAACUCAGCAAGGAUGUUUGCAGAAACUUCUACAUAUCUUGGAUUCGAAGACACUGAUCUUGGCAUCCGUGGUUUUGGCAGUAGCCGGUAUUCAGAUGCUCACCAUAUUGUUUGCUUGCUGUCUGUAUCGUUCGUUUCGCAGGAGCUACGACCACGUUUAAAUUGCGUAGCGAGGAUCCCGUGUGUCGUCUCUAAAUUGGGAAUUUUCUUACUUUGUAGUUGUCAUACACAGGAAAAGUUUAACGUUGGCGUGUUUUGAUUGAAUGCAAUAACAAAAGCUACCUAGAAACACUCACUUUCAUAGAAAAACUCACAUUAAUCACUGGCCGUCGAACGCUAAUUAGUAUAUUCAUUACUAUUGAACUUAUUUUGUUUUACGUUAGUUAUCCGUAUUCAUCUGACAACAAGUGGUACUCGACAUGAGCAGACAAACAAUAUUUCCUUCCAGUACUUUUAUAUUUUCUUUUUAUGUUUACCACUCACUUUAACGCAGAUCCUGUGGGAAAACAAAAUUAUAAAACCUUGCACUCUUGCAUGGAAAUUUAAAUUUCGUUUAAGAUAUAUAUUAUAUAUAUUUAUUACUGGAAUGUGAGCAUUUUUAGCUACCACUCAAUCACGUGUACAUUUAAAUUCAUCUUUGUUGAACAAAAAUAAAAUUGUCAUUCAUUAAAUAAUGAACGUGCCCUUUUUCAAGAUUUGUAUGUGUUGUAUUUAGGACACGUUAGGCAUUUAUCUUGAAUGUUAAGAAACCACCAA